UGCAUACACACAAUCAGCAAUUUAAAAACAAUUAUACAUAAUUCAGUGUUAAAAUGAUAUGUUAAAAAUUACAUGCCUGGGCUGUGAAAUGGCAUCGAAGCAACACUCAGGAUCCUCCCCCCUUUCCCCUGGAGAGGAAACAGCCACCAUGCAGCCAGCUCAGGGGCUGGUGACCUUCGAGGAGGUGGCCUUGCAUUUUACUGAGGAGGAAUGGGCCCUGCUGCAUCCAGGCCAGAGAGCUCUUUAUGAGGAAGUCAUGGUGGAGAUUCAUGAAAUGAUCACCUCUCUGGGAGAUGUCUGGGGGAUCACGGCUAAGGGGGAACCAUCAGAAGGGUCACCAAAAAGAGCUGAGGAGCAGGAGGAGGAACGGAAAUUGGGGGAUCAAGAUGGAGCAAAGAGACAAGAGAGGAGACAAACGCAGGAAAAGGAGGAUGAAUCCAGAACUUCUCAGGGUGGUGAAUAUACAAUUCAAUGGGAAACUCAUCACCUAAAAGAAACGAGAAUGUCUCCUGAGUGCAGAAAAAUCUUCAGUUUUCAAAAAAACCUAAAUACACAUCAUGGAAGGCGUGCGACAGAGAAACAAUACAAAUGCUUGAAGUAUAGGAAGGGAUCUUUUGAUAAAUUGAGCCUUGUUAGACAACAGAUAGUUCACACCAGAGAGAAACCAAGUACAUCCUUAGGCUGUGGGGAAAGUAUCAGUCAGAGUGAAAGUCUUGCUUCCAGUCAAGUAAACCAUAUUGGGGAGAAACCACAUAAAUUCUCCAAAGGCAAGAGCUGUACUGACUUGUCCAUGAUUGGUAGUCAUGAGAGAAUCGACACAGCAGAGAAAUCCUCUAAAUGCUUGGAGUGUGGUAAGAUUAUCAAAGGUUAUAACCUGGCUGGACAUCAGAGAAGUCACACAGGGGGAAAACUUUAUACGUGCCCUGAUUGUGAGAAGUGUUUCAGCCAGAGGUAUAAUCUGACAAGAGAUCAGAAGAGUCCCAUAGGAGACAAAUCAUAUGCAUCCCUGGAAUGUGGAAAGAGCUUCAGUCAGCAUGGCACCCUUAUUUCUCAUGAAAGAACUCAUACAGGGGACAAACCUUAUAAAUGCUUGGAGUGUGAAAAGAAUUUCAGUCGGAGUAGCACCCUCAAUUUACAUCAAAGAACUCAUUCAGGGGACAAACCUUAUAAAUGUUUCGAGUGUGGAAAGAGCUUCAGUCAGCUUGGGCACCUUACUUUCCAUCAAAGAACUCAUUCAGGGGACAAACCUUAUAAAUGCUUGGAGUGUGGAAAGAGCUUCAGUCAGAGUGGCAACCUUUCUUCGCAUCAAAGAACUCAUACAGGGGACAAACCUUAUCAAUGCUUGGAAUGUGGAAAGAGCUUCAGACGGAGUAGCACCCUUACUUCGCAUCACAGAACACACACAGGGGACAAACCUUAUAAAUGCUUGGAGUGUGGAAAGAGCUUCAGUCAGAGUGGCAACCUUUCUUCGCAUCAAAGGACUCAUACAGGGGACAAACCUUAUCAAUGUUUGGAAUGUGGAAUGAGCUUCAGACGGAGUAGCACCCUUACUAAACAUCAAAGGAUUCAUACGGGGGAUAAACCUUAUAAAUGCUUGGAGUGUGGAAGGAGCUUCAAUCAAAGUAGCACCCUUACUUCACAUCAGAGAACUCAUACAGGGGAGAAACCUUAUAAAUGCUUGGAGUGUGGAAAGAGCUUCAGUUACAAGGACACCCUUACUAAACAUCAAACAACUCAUACAGGGGACAAACCUUAUAAAUGCUUGGAGUGUGGAAAGAGCUUCAGUCAGAAUAGCACCCUUACAUUGCAUGAAAGAACUCAUACAGGGGACAAACCUUAUCAAUGCUUGGAAUGUGGAAAGAGCUUCAAUCGGAGCAGCACCCUUACUUUGCAUCAAAGAACUCAUACAGGGAACAAGCCUUAUCAGUGCUUGGAGUGUGGAAAGAGCUUCUGUCAGAAUAGCACCCUUACUUCGCAUGAAAGAACUCAUACAGGGGACAAACCUUAUCAAUGCUUGGAAUGUGGAAAGAGCUUCAAUCGGAGCAGCACCCUUACUUUACAUCAAAGAACUCAUUCAGGGAACAAGCCUUAUCAAUGCUUGGAGUGUGGAAAGAGCUUCAGUCAGAAUAGCAACCUUUCUUCGCAUCAAAGAACUCAUACAGGGGACAAACCUUAUCAAUGCUUGGAAUGUGGAAAGAGCUUCAGUCGGAGUAGCACCCUUACUUUGCAUCAAAGAACUCAUACAGGGAACAAGCCUUAUCAAUGCUUGGAAUGUGGAAAGAGCUUCAGUCGGAGUAGCACCCUUACUUUGCAUCAAAGAACUCAUACAGGGAACAAGCCUUAUCAAUGCUUGGAGUGUGGAAAGAGCUUCAGUUUCAAGGGCAACCUUACUUCACAUCAACAGAUUCACACAGGAGAGAAACCAUAUAAAUGUGCAGACUGUGGAAAAAGCUUCAGGGUGAGCAUAAGCCUCACUAGACAUCAAAGAACUCACACGAUGGAGAAACCUUAUAAAUGUUUGGAUUGUGGAAAGAGCUUCAGUCAGAACUCUUGUCUUACUUCCCAUCAAAGAAUUCACACGGGGGAGAAACCAUAUAUAUGUUUGGAGUGCGGAAAAAGCUUCACUCAAAUUUCACAUCUUACUUUCCAUCAAAGAACUCACACAGGAGAGAAACCAUAUCAAUGUGCAGAGUGUGGAAAGAGUUUCAGGGAAUGCACAAGCCUAACUUACCAUCAAAGAACUCACACAGGGGAGAAAUCUUAUAAGUGCAUGGAGUGUGGAAAGAGUUUCACUACCUGUAAAUAUCUUGCUUCUCAUCAACGAAUUCACACAGUGGAAAAACCUUAUAAAUGCUUGGAGUGUGGAAGGAGUUUCACUCAGAGCUCUUACCUCACUUGUCAUCACAGAACUCACACUGGAGAGAAACCAUACAAAUGUGCAGAAUGUGGGAAAAGCUUCAGUCAGAAGUCAAACCUUACAUCACACCAGAGAAUUCACACAAGGGAGAAACCAUAUAAAUGUGUAGAGUGUGAAAAGACAUUCAGGGAGUGCACAAGCCUUACUUACCAUCAAAGAAUACACACAGAGGAGAAAUCCUAUAAGUGCUUGGAGUGUGGAAAGAGCUUUGCUACUAUUAAAUAUCUCACUUCCCAUAGACGGAUUCACACAGUGGAGAAACCUUAUAAAUGCUUGGAGUGUGGAAGGAGCUUCACUCAGAAUUCUUACCUCAUUUGCCAUCAAAGAACUCACACAGGAGAGAAACCAUACCAGUGUGUAGAAUGUGGAAAGAGCUUCAGUCAGAGGUCAACCCUUAUAGCACAUAAAAAAAUUCACACAGGGGAGAAACCAUAUAAAUGCCUGGAAUGUGGAAAGAGCUUCAGAGAGAACAGAAAAUGUACUUUACAUCAGAAAACCCAUGAACGAAAGAAAGCAUUUAAAAGCCUUAACUCUGGCAGGGGCUUCAGUCAGAGUGGGCAGCUUAUCAAACAUCCAAGAACUGACACAGAGGAAAAACCAUAUAAAUGCCUGGAGUGUGGAAGAAGCUUCAGUCAGAGUGCAAGCCUUACUUUACACCAAACAAUUCACACAGAGGAGAAAUCAUCUGUUGUUGUUAUAGUCUAUCAUUUUUAAGUCUCCUAAAAUCACUUGGUGGCAUAGGCUGCCCCUUCUAUGAAAAACGAUGGCUUUCCAAAAGGUGGAAACUGCAUUUAUGAACCAAGGACUUUCAUUUACCUAACUUCUCGGAUUCACUGUCCAGCUCUCUUUCGGCUACCUAGAGAAGUGUAACCCUGUGUGGUCACCUGGUUGCAGCCUCAGGCUUUCCUUACUCCAUCACCACAUUCUUCUUUCAUCUCUCACCUUCCUUGCUAGCACCAGCUGGAAUGGGAUGUGAACCACCUUUUGACCUUUUAGGUCAAGGAUGAGGAACCUGUGGCCCUUCCGAUGUUGCUGGAGUACAACUCCCAUCAUCCCUGAUCCCUAUCCAUGCUAGCUGGGGCUGAUGGAUGUUGGAGUUGAAUGCCUGGAGAGCCACACGUUCCUCAUCCCUGUUUUAGAUGAAAUAGUAAAAAGCAUUGGUGAGUCAUUUUUUCUCAGCAGAGAAUCUGAUGUUUUGUUUUGUUUUUAAUUAAUUUUUAUUCAAAUUUUUCAAAGACAAAACAAAACAAACAAAACAAAUUAAUUACUAUUACAAUAAAAACUAUUGACUUCUAUGAUAUAUAACAAACCUGUCUCUUAAUAAAAUUAUACAAUCACUU